AUGGCCGACUCGCUCAAGUCGUUCCAGGUAUCCAUAUCCCUCCCCUCCCCUUCCCACAGAAGCUCCCCACACCGCCGUCGAGACAUGUACUGACGGCCAUCUCCUCUCCUUCCCCAGGCGACAUUCGAACAAAUCAUCCUCGACCCCCGAUACAAACAACCCCUCGUCCUCCUCAAAGCCAUCCGCAAUGGCGCCGUCUACGGCACCAAAGUCCGCUUCCCCCACGCCCUCGUCAUGAUCUUCCUCUUCCGCUCGGGCACCGUCCGCGAGAAGAUCGCCCUCGUCUUCAAGGCCACCCGCCAACACGCCAUGAACCUCGCCAAAUUCGCCCUCCUCUACAAGUCCUCCAUCCUCGCCCUGCGCAAGACCAACGGCGGCAAGGAACUGCCCAUUCACAAUUUCCUCGCCGGGCUGUUUGGUGGUUACUGGGUCUUCGGACACGGCAAAGGAGCGGCGAGUAGUGUGAAUCAACAGAUCGUCAUCUACGUCUUCGCACGAGUCGUCCUGGCCUUGGCCAAGUUGGCCGUGCAACCGCCCGGCGACAAUGCCCUGGUAGGGAGCCAUUACGGCGGACACGGCGGCAUCGGCUUCCUCAACCUCUCCGAAGAGCAGGUCCAGACGAUUCGGAAAUUCGCAUGGCCCGUGUUCGCCAGCAUGAGCUGGGCGAGCGUCAUGUGGCUGUUCGAGGGAUACCCGGAAACGCUGCAACCCAGUCUUCGGAGCAGCAUGACAUACAUGUACGUCGUCGGACUGUUUCCUUUCCUCGUCCGUCUCGUUAUUGCAGUUCUUGACCUUUUUUUUGGAUCCUUCCCCAUGCUGCUGACACAGGGCUGACGACCACUUUCCCUUCCCAUAGAUACACGAACGCGGAAAAAUGGGAUUCUCCUCGCAAUUUCUUGUGGCACAACAAGUAAAAGAAAGAAAGAAAGAAAGAAAGAAAGAAAGGAACAGUGACCGGAGAGCUCCAUUUGGACCCCCCUCCUCCUAUAUACCUCACCAUUUUUGUUUGCCGCAUAGCGAGGCGUUUGAUAUCUUGGGAAACACGGCCGAUCGGGAUUGUAGAUAACUACGUGUCUUGGAAACCACAGACCAGGCACGCCGCAAUUUGAUGUCGCUAUUUGUUGCAUUCUUUGCGCGCACUAAUUUUAUUUUUCUCUCUCUUUUGCCUAUUCCGUCACUGACCGAGCUCUUUCUCUAGCUUCGCCAACUCCGAGCACUGGCAUAGUCUGGACUCCUUCAUCUGGCAGUACGCUCAGCCGGCUCUCCCUUCGAUGCCCGGCACGCCCUAG